AUGCACAAACAUACACACUCUCUCUCUCUCUCUCUCUCUCUCUCUCUCUCUCUCUCUCUCUCUCUCUCUCUCUCUCUGGAGGGACAGAAUGUACUUUUCAAGAAUAAUGGUGGAAUUAAUUAUUCUCAUUGGCCCUUUCUUUCUCUCUCUGUCCCUCUUUCUUUGUCUCAUUCUACCUCUCUCUCACUCUCCCUUUCUCCCUCUCCCUCUCAUUCUCAAUAUCUCUUUCAUCCCUCUCUCUCCUCUUUUCCCCUCACCUUCUCCCUCUCUCUCACUUACUCUCCCUCUCUCUCUCUCUUUCCCUCUUUAUCUCACUCUCUCUCUCUCUCUCAUACAGACACACAUUCUCUCUCUCUCUCAUUCUCUCUCUCUCUCUCUUCAAUAUUUCUAUCAACUGUGGCGUCGUCCUGGUUACACGAGAGUGCAAAGCCUGCAGGGAAUACCUGGCUCUUUUUUUUACUCUCUCUCUCUCUCUCUCUCUCUCUCUCUCUCUCUCUCUCUCUCUCUAAUUUUUCCCUUCAACAGCAGUUUUCAUUUCUUUCUCCUCGCUCAGAUUGGAAUGAGAAAUCAGAGAGCCGACCUCUGUUAUUGUUUCUUAUUCAUUUUCUUGUUAUAAUUAUUAUUGUUUUCUUUUUCUUCUUUUUUCUUUUUCUUCUUCAUUCUCUUCUUUUAAUCUUUUUUCUUCGUCUUCUGUCACGUUUUUCCAUUUUAUUUCCUUUUUCUUAUCUUCUUUAUCAUCUUCUAUUCCAUUUCUUUAUUUCUUUCUUUUUUCUUCAUCUACUCCUGAUUAACUUCCCUUUUUGCUCGUUUUUUUCUUCUUCUUUCUCUUUCUUUACUUCAUUUUCAUUUCAUUUCCUCCUCUUUAUUGUCUGUUCAUACUUCAUACUCUGUUUUCUUUCGUCAUUUUGUUUUCUUCCUCUAUUUCUCUGUCCUCUUUGUAUUCUCCAGCUCACCCUUUCCUCUCUUUUUUCUACUUUUUUUCUUCCCUCUUUUUUCAUAUCUUCAUCAGUCGCAUUCUUCUGA